AUUGUCUACUUUGGAACAUAGAUUGACCUCAUUGCAGAGUGAAACUCAAUCUAUCCGAACCACACUGAAAAACAUGUCCUUGGUGAUGUCAGAAAUACAAGAGAAAUCUGAUCUUCCGCAUUGUAACAAGCAUGCUCAACAUAUAAACCCACCUUUGAGUAUGUCUCAAAUGCUGAUGUAUCCACGACCGAGUUUUACAACAACACACCAACAUUUACUGGUGACACGUUAUGUAAAGGAUUCGUUGGCGAUAUAGAACUUCUCGGAAGAGGGCAUUUAAAUAAUUGCUGGAGUAUGUACUCAAAAGGCGAGUAUGGAUUUCCUUACGGCCUAGGUGUUUAUCACCUUCGCCAACCACUCGGAAUUAGACUGCAGUAUGUUCCAUCGUCCCAAAUACUUGAUGGGGUCGGCAGUUGGUUUGACGCGGAAAAAGCGCUGGCCAGGGCGAACGCGGUCAAUGUGGCAUCAAUUGGAAAUUUGAGGAGAGGAUAUGCCGGGAGAUGUAACGCAGCAGGGUCAACAAAACCAGAGGUUCCCAUUUCAUACCCGAUUCGUGGAUAUUUAGACCCGGAUAACUACAAUUUAUUGAAGUAUUCGUACUACCAUAAAAUUCACCCGUGCACAAAUUUUGAUAUUCUUGUUUGUGCAGGGCCAGUUUGAGUUUUGAAGGAAUAAAGAAAUUAUGACAAUAAUCUUGACCCGGAACUUAUUAUUUAGAUGUUUAUAAGAUAUUGAUUUUGGGUACACAGAAUUUGUUGUACUGGACGAAAACAUAUAAAAUCUAUCAGGCUUGGCUUCCCGUCAUUCGAAUUAAUCACAGUGAGCCAUUUGGAUGGUGAAUCAUGACUGAUGAUUCACAUCUAAUAUGCGAGCUUGCAAGUUAAGAAGUUGAUUUUGCAUACACUUUUGCAUAUGAAUUUGUCCAAGUUUUUUGUGGUCGCGAGGCUUGCGUACAUGGAAAUGUGAUUCAUUUACCAAGUUUCCUCUCGAUUCAAAGAAUCAUACAACUGCUGUAGACUGCUGAAGUGAGAGUAGUCACAUAUUUACAAUUGGUUGUGCAAUUUGUGAGUUAAAAAACUUGUGAAAUUAAGAGUGAUGCUCCUGGUCGUAAUUCUAAUUUACUUGAACUUUGUUACCGGACAAUCACAAGUGGCAAACUUGCCACCAUGCCUGUGGUCAAGGUACCUUGCCGAACACGUGAUUACUUCCCCCCUCUCGGAAUACAUUGGAGUGAUCAAAAGUGUCUCAGAGAGAUAUGAGACUUCUGUCGUUGACGAAUUUCCCUGUCGGAAGGUCAAUCUACAAGAAUGGGUUUGUGUCCUGCACAUCGAUAAACUUUCAGAAUACUUGGGAGAUGCAGGCGUCACGAACGUAAAUUUAACCGUUUCACAAUGUGGUGGAUCCAAUUCAUGUAUUCCUGCAAAAACAGUUCGUCCUCCCACCAGUUACGAGUGCGAGGAUAGUUAUUGCAUUAAUACUUGCAAGGAUGGUGUGUAUCCAUGUACAAAUUCUGGUGUUUUACUCGACUCUGACGACUGCUUGUUGAAACCUAAAUGUUUUAUUGACUCACAUUGGAACCGAACUAUGGACAAAGAAAAAUGCCUACCUCCGGGGGGAUGCAUUAACAAUUCGGACUGUUCGGACGCCCAGUCGUGUAUUUACAACAGGUGCUCAAAUCCAUGUUUUGGUCAUAAAUGUGGAGUGAAUACUGAAUGUAAAGUGAGCAAUCAAACGCCCAAGUGUUACUGUGUGAAAGGCACCGAGUCCUCGUACCGCUUAAGAGAUGUACGCAGUGGGAUUCGGGGUUGUCAGCGGGUUAUUACCCACCGCUGCACCCAACUUGGAGUCGGAUGUCCUGAAAACUUUACGUGUCUUAAUGAGCAAUGUCACAUUAAUUGUGUCAAUGAGGAAAGCUGUUUAGGAAACAAUGAGACCUGUCACGAGGGAAUCUGUCGUGCUAAUUGUUCCUCAAGUAUUCGGCAUUGUAGAAGGACGGAGGUUUGUCGGGAUGGUUUGUGCGUGCGAUCAGUACGAUCAGCAAAGUCAGGUUUUCAGAAUUGUGUUAGAACCGAUGGUUACGGAAAUGCGUGGAGUGUAGGCCCGGAUGAAGUUGGGGAACAAGCUUGUCCGUCAGGGUCGAUAGGGAACGUGACCUGGACUUGUGGAAAGGGUGGCAAAUUUACAACCCAGGUGCCAAAUUAUUCAGGAUGUAGAAGCCUUUGGGUGGAUAUCCUCGUUGCGGAAGCGGAUACUGUGAGAACGUUGAACGAUACGUACGCAUUUUUGGAUAAACUUGUAAAUGACACGGCAUCUCCUAACAAGACCAAUUUGCUUUAUUUUGGAACUGAAAUUCCCAGAAUUAUAAAUGCGACGAUUAAAGCGAUGAAAGCAUCGAACGAAAAUACAACAUCGUUUGAAAAGCUGCAACCCUUGGUGAAAAAGUCGAUUCAAAGUUUGGACAAUUUGCUUGCUUCGAAACAAGAGUGGGGUCAAUUACCACAGAACGAGCGAUCCUCUGUACUCACUGAACUAAUAGGCACGAUAGAAUCUGCAGCCAUUUUACUUGUCCCAAAACUUGAGCCCAAUAAAACAGACGGGGACAAAGAAACUCAAGUCCUUCAUACACCCACCACUCGAGUCAAGUUGGGGACAAUCCAUUUCGAAAAAAAUACAAGUCAGGCAACAACUACGACGAUCAGUGACUCUGAAAAUGAAUCUGACACCUCGAAAGUUGUGGUUGACAUUGUUCCAAAUCAAAAUGCAACUGACACUGGCAAAACGCGUUUGAAAUAUGUAUUCGUUUCCAUGGAUGCAAAAACAUCGCAAUACUUGUUCCCUGGGAUGAAAGAGAACAAUAAAUCACUAGUGGACAAUCAUCAAGCAAUUAAUGGAGACGUGGUAUCACUCACAAUCGUUCAAAGUUGGGAAAAUGGUACCGACUCGGUGGUUUAUAAUGGAACUGGAAAUCCUUCAGUGGACAUUAUUAAAAAUGUAUCCGUGGAGAUUACCUUCACCCACGAACUAAACACUUGGGGAAAGUAUGGUCAUGAUAUCCGGCGAAAAUGCGGUCAUGAAGAUGUCAGCGCUGUCCUGAGUUCUGGAUCUUGCGUGUAUUGGGAUGUCAAUAAACUGCAUUGGUCAACGGAUGGGUGUCACUUGGUCAAGUCUACGAGCACCGUGACAAUUUGCAAAUGCAAUCAUUUAACUUCUUUUGCCGUGUUGAUGGAUACUCAUAAUUGUCACGGAGACGACGUACUCCUGGAAAUAUUGACGAUAGUGCUCUGCACAUUGUCGGCUUUAGCUCUCUUCCUGACAUGGAUUGCAUACACCGUGGUGAAAAGUAGGCUUCGGGAGAGAUCCAUCAUUACAAAACAUUUGUCCUUCAAUCUUAUGCUGGGAAAUAUUUUUCUCAUCGUUCUGCUGGACAGGGACUAUUUCAAUUUAAAUAGCACAUUUUGUUCCCUGACCGGUGUAGCUGCACACUUUGUUUUCAUCCAUGCCUUCAUGUGGAUGUCCGUUGAGGGUUGGCACCUCUAUGGAAUGCUUUUCCGUGUCGCGAGAACUCCCCUGAUGACAAUUAAACGAUACAAAAUCGCCUGUCUGGCAUUGUCGGUGGUCAUCGUGGCGGUCACGUUCACGACGGGAUGGGCCCUGGGAGGAGAUGCGUAUGGAAAUGAGGCAGUAUGCUGGUUAAAUGACGACUAUAUUUGGGGGUUCAACAGUCCAGUGGCAAUAAUUCUUGGGAUUAAUCUUGUCAUUCUGAUUGCCACUUUGCGAUUAUCUGCUACAAUUGAAAAGAGCAAGAUACGUGAGACCAACGAAACUAAUCUUGUUCGACCACAAGGACCACAAAGUCCUAACAGAAAGUGGAUCACGGGUGGGUUAAGUCUGACUAUUUUGCUCGGUGUCACAUGGGUGUUUGGAUAUUUUAUGCUUUUUCCUGGGAUAUCUGGAUAUAUUUCGGCGUAUAUAUUUACAAUCCUCUGUGCAUCACAGGGAAUAUUAAUUUUUGUUCUGUAUUGUGUAAUGGACGAAACCGUAAUGGAAUAUUUUAAGAAGCGUUUACAAUCGAGCAUGGAUUCGCAAUUUAGGUUAAUUUCUCGGUCUUAGGUUAAUUCAUAGAUUAAUUAGUUCGAAGUUUAUUGGAAGGGAUGAUGCAAAUAUUAAUUUGCAAAUGUACAUGAAUAGCAGUAGUUUUUCAUAGUGCGAAAUUUUGUAUUUUUGCAUGUUCUAAAGUAUUUUGCAUUCAAUUUACAAACAAAUUCCUUCAAAUCCAGUUAUCUCCUACACAAAUAUUUCUGAUAACAAUUAUAACUAAUCGUGUGUAAUGGUGGGUUGUAUGAAAUAAAUUUGGCUUAAAGGAUGGAAAAUAAAAUUACACAAGUAGGUAGUUUUUUAAAAUUACAGUACAGAUAUGUAUAGAUUACUAAAAUGAAAACUUUUGCAGUAACUUACCCUUAAAUUACUGAGCUAUAAUUGCAAUACGUUUACACACAUAUAUAUUUACAGUAAAAUAUAUCUCAAAAGUGUAUCUCAAAAA